AUCUAACUGGAUGAAGUAAAGAUCAGUCAUCUACUGCCAACCCCGUUGCGGACAUAAAAAGCUCUCCACACAACUCCACUUUCUCCUGGACGCUUCUUUUCACUUAGCUGGAUUCAAAGAGUGGAGUUGAAAUGAGCGGUGUGGUCAUCCAGAACAUGUCCUUCAAGGUGGGACAGACUCUGACUGUUACAGGAGUCCCCACUGCUGAUUCUACAAAUUUUGCAAUCAACAUUGGUCACAGUCCUGAUGAAAUCACUCUACACAUGAACCCUCGUUUUGACGCCCAUGGCGACCAGCAAUGUGUAGUGUGCAAUUCCUACCAGGGUGGCAACUGGUUUGAGGAGCAAAGAGAGAGCAGCUUUCCAUUUAAUCAGAAUGAGGAGUUCAAGAUAAAAAUCACAUUCACUAAUGAGGAAUUCCUGAUGACGCUUUCCGACGGUUCUGAGAUUCACUUCCCUAAUCGUCUUGGUGCUGAGAAGUACAAGUUCAUGCUGUUUGAGGGCGAGAUGCAGCUAUCUCUCUGUCUCUUGGUCACGAGAAUCUUGCUGUGGUAUUGCUUCUCAACCACUAGAGGGAGUAAAACUACAGUAAAUUGCCAUGAGCUUUGCAGUUACAUAAACCAUUUUCAGAGGUGGUUGACAUUGUCCAACCAAGAUUAUUUACAAGUAUCUUUCUCUACGUAUUUUCUAUAAUACAACAUCAAGUUUCUAUAUAAUUCCUGUAUUUGAAACUAAAGUUAAUUCACAAGCUUGUAAUUGCUGGCAGAUACAAAUAUCCUGUUUUCACAAAUAAACUAAGAUCUCUUUGUCCA